UGCUCCCCGAGCUAUCAAUGUGGCCUCUCUUCCCCUGUUGCCGCUCUAUCUCCACGCCGCGGCUGGUCACCACCAUUGCACUCGAUUCACAGAGAACCUUGCGAUUUAUCAAGCAUUCUGGCUCUGGAUUUGGUGUUCUGACGCCUCAUUGAACAGGCUUUCGGGAGGGAGACAGUUCGUGGAGAUGGCGUAAAGCGUGUGGUCGGUCUAGGUCAGUGGAGUCGGGGAGAUCGUGGAAUUGUUAGUGAGAAUGCGUGGUGGUGGUUGGAUGGCGAGUAGAGAGCUCAUCGCGUAGUCUGUUGUCGGAUUGUUUGCCGUAGGGAAAGUCUCUGCUGGCGAUCGGGUGCGACGAUUUCACAGUGGAAGAAUUGUGGCAUGCUCUGGGAAGUGUUUGGCGUGAAUUUCGAGUUAGAGGAAGGUGGAAAGCUGGAGGUGGAGUUCUAGGUGACAGACGGAUGUUGUACUCUGGAUCGUGAUGGAUUGGAGGGGCUGCAGGUAGAGAUUGGGACAUGAAAUGUGUGGACUAACGAUCGCGGUAGUCUGGGAGUAAGCGAAAGGCAAUAGCUGCUGCCAUGACGACCAUGUCGCCUCCAUCCGCGAUCCUGUCAUCUCAGGCGUUGGCGAAUUCGUUAGUUGUGUUAGCGCAGCAGGUUGCUAACUGUGGCAGAUCUCAAGUGUGUCAAAAGCGGAAUGCGGCGAAUCUUUCCCGUAGAAUUAAGCUGUUGUCUCCGUUGUUUGAGGAGGUACGGGACAUGAAUCCACCAAUGCCCCCAUCAGCUCUUAUCUCUUUCCGUGAGAUUUACCACGUAAUGAUGAAAACUAAGGAAAUGAUAGAAGCUUGUGGUGAAGCUAGCGUCUUCUUAUCAAUCUUUCGGAAUAAAUCCACUUCGGAGAAGUUCGAAAAAUUAACAGGCAGCCUGGCAGAUGCUUUAGAGAUAUUGCCUUUAGAUCUUCUUGAUAUUUCUGACGAAGUCAGAGAGCAAGUGGAGCUAGUUAAGAUGCAGGUUCAAAGAGCGAAGCUGUUUGUGGAUUCACUAGAGGAUGCGCUUGCGGAGGAGGUGAUCGAGCUUCUAGCACGAGUUGAGAGAGAAGAGGAGCCUGACACUAGACAAUUGCAAAGUUUAUUUGCUAAUUUGGGGCUUAAAAAUGCUAGAGAAUGUGAGAAAGAACUACAGAAGAUGGAGACGCAAUCGGAGUCGGACGAUGACUCGGAACACAGUCUCGCUUCAGUCACCAACCUCAUAGGGUUUGUCCGGUAUGGCAGGUGUGUCCUGUACGGGGUCACGGAGAUGGAAGAUAGCAACUGGUCUCAAGAGUCAUCUGUCGAAGACUCUUGUGAAUUCUCUUCGAGUGGAAGAGUUGAUGUCAUUGCGAAUCCACCCGAUGAGUUCCGUUGCCCUAUCUCACUCGACCUCAUGCGUGAUCCCGUGAUUGUUGCCUCUGGUCAGACAUACGAUCGGGUAUCAAUUUCAAAAUGGAUUGAGGAAAAUCAUACCACAUGCCCUAAGAGUGGACAGAAGCUUGGACAUCUGAAUUUGAUUCCUAAUUAUGCUCUGCGGAGCUUGAUAACUCAGUGGUGUGAGGAUAAUCAUGUUCCAUUCGAUAAGCCUGAGAAGAGCUCCAAAGGCGGAGCAGGUAACAAUCAGGUUGCGAGCUCUAAGGCCGCUCUUGAAGCAACCAAAAUGACAGCGUCCUUUUUGGUAGGUAAACUCGCGACUGGGUCUCCCGAGGUGCAGAAACAGGUUGCAUAUGAACUUCGAUUGCUUGCCAAAUGUGGCGCAGACAACAGAAUGUGUAUAGCAGACGCAGGAGCGAUUCCGUACCUGGUUACGCUUCUUUCUUCGAAGGAUCCAAAGACACAAAAAAAUGCCGUGACUGCGCUUCUCAACCUCUCAAUCUAUGACAAGAACAAGUCUUUGAUCAUCAAUGCUGGUGCCCUGGACCCUAUCAUAGCUGUCCUCAGGUUUGGAGGGAGCAUGGAGUCGAGAGAAAAUGCUGCAGCAACGCUAUUCUCCUUAUCAGUGGUGGAUGAAUAUAAGAUAGUUAUUGGAAAGAGACCUGAUGCUAUUUCUGGCCUUGUGACACUGCUUCGAGAUGGGACACCGCGGAGGGGAAAGAAAGAUGCAGCUUCUGCCCUAUUCAAUCUUGCCGUUUAUCAUGGCAACAAGUCACCUAUUGUUAAUUCAGGUGCUGUUGCGGUCCUAGUUUCGCUCCUCAGUGAAGACGAGGCUGGAGUUGCAGACGAUGCGUUAAUGGUCCUAGGCCUUGUGGCAGGAUCUACUGAAGGCCUCACGGCUAUUGCUGAGGCAAAUGCUAUUCCAAUCUUGGUCCGCCUGUUGAGAGUAGGUACUCCGAAAGGGAGAGAAAAUGCAAUCGCUGUGUUGCUCGUACUCUGCAGAAGUGGGGGAGAAAAAAUGGUUACUGCUGCGAUUGAGUGCAGCACUGCAGUUUCUUCACUGUGCUCGCUUCUAACGAUGGGCACUCCACGAGCGAAGCGUAAAGCAAGCUCCUUACUAAAGCUUAUACACAAAAGGGAGCCAGAACACCAUAACCCUCCGAGCGCCAAUUUUAUUUCUAACGCUCAUUUCGGGCAGUUGGCUACCAGGCAGUAAGCGUAGCGAGCUGUGUAAAAUCUAGUUACUUCCUUAUAGGAUAUAGAGGAUCGAGAGUAAAGUAAACUUUUGCACUCAUCGCAGCACAUUUUUUGUGCUCCUGUAUACGAUAGCAAAAUCUGUAAAUUUCAUUUUCAUCCAAGAAUUUUGAUGGAAAUUCAGCAAGAGUGUCAAAUAUUUCUUUCA